AUGGGCUUCGAGAGAUGGGUGUAUGAGUUGCAGGCCGCCAGGCCUGUAGCCUACAUCAUCGAUGUGUGGCAUCUCUACAGGACGUCCAUUCUGCUAACCACUUUUGGCAUCCUGGUCUCGGCGUACAUCUACCUGCUCUUAACUACAGACCGAGAAUACUCGGUCGCUCUGCGGAAUACGUAUGGUGAUGGCAGUGAGAAGAGCAGGGAAGCCUCAUCGCCUCAGACUGUCACUGAAAAGUCUUCUGUCCCGUUGUUGAAGCAGCCCUCAACCACCACCAACGGGCCUCGGCGCAUCAAGGGCGAGCUUCGCAGACCCGACGUCAAGAAGUCAGAAGACCUGCCCCAGGGACCGCGACGGGUCCAGCCACUCAUCUUUUUCUCCUCGCUGACUGGGAGUACGGAGAGGACUGUAAAGGGGUUCACCGAGUCGUUGGGUGCGCUAUUGAAGCAGAAGCCUGAGGGAGAACAUGUUAUCCUCGAACCAAAAAUUCUGGAUCUCACGGAGGUCGACUAUGAUGAGUACUUCAUCAGCCCACCGAAACCGGCUGAGCCUUCCGGUCCCGAGGCUUACAUAUACCUGCUCAUCGUACCAAGCUACAACAUUGACACGAUUAAUGACAAUUUCUUGGAGCACCUCAGGGAGACGCACAAUGACUUCAGGAUUGACACAGCGCCUCUGUCCGGCCUUCUGGGCUAUUCGGUAUUUGGUCUAGGAGACAGGGAAGGAUGGCCGUCCGAAGAGGAGGGCUUCUGUUUCCAGGCCAAGGAGGUCGACAAGUGGAUGGCCAAGCUUACUGGUCGCAAAAGAGCAUAUCCUCUGGGUAUGGGGGAUCCAAAGCGGGAUAUGAAAGAAAGAUUGGACGAGUGGACGGAGGGAGUCAAGGAUAUGAUCAGCCUUCUUGCCGAGACGGGAAGCCUUGGAGAGGGUGUGCCCGGAAGCGGAGACGCAGUCGAAAGUGAUGACGAGUCCGUAUCUGGCGACGAUGGCGAAGUUGUCUUCGAGGAUGAGACUGUCGAACUCAAGCGGUCAAAGAAGAACCAGUCCGGGAACCUGGAAGAUGUCGAAGACUUGGGAAAGAUUAUGAAAUCUUCAGGGGGUGGCCAAAACGGAACAGCGCCGAUCGCAGUAGACUUUACGACAUACAGCAAACCCACCAAGAAAUCCCAGGCUCAGACUGUCAAGGAGAUGGUCCCACAGAACUCUCCGACGUACAACUCUCUCACUAAGCAAGGAUAUACCAUCGUUGGGUCGCAUUCAGGGGUCAAGAUUUGCCGCUGGACCAAGUCUGCGCUACGUGGCCGCGGGUCAUGCUACAAGUUCUCUUUCUACGGAAUAGCCUCGCACCAGUGUAUGGAGACCACGCCGUCGCUCUCGUGCAGCAACAAGUGUGUCUUCUGUUGGCGACACGGCACCAACCCCGUCGGCACCACGUGGCGCUGGGUGGUGGACCCGCCAGAGCUCAUCUUCGACGGCGUGAAAGCCGGCCACUACAAGAAGAUCAAGAUGCUCCGCGGCGUCCCCGGCGUGCGCGCCGAGCGUUUCGCGGAGGCCAUGCGCAUCCGCCACUGCGCCCUGAGUCUCGUCGGCGAGCCCAUCUUCUACCCGCACAUCAACGAGUUCCUGGGCAUGCUGCACGCCGAGCGCAUCUCGUCCUUCCUCGUCUGCAACGCGCAGCACCCGGACCAGCUCGCGGCGCUCAAGGCCGUGACGCAGCUCUACGUGUCCAUCGACGCCAGCAACAAGGAGUCGCUGCGCAAGAUCGACCGGCCGCUGCACCGCGACUUCUGGGAGCGGUUCCAGCGCUGCCUCGACAUCCUGCGCGAGAAGCGCUUCAAGCAGCGCACCGUCUUCCGGCUGACGCUGGUCAAGGGCUUCAACGUCGACGACGAGGUCGAGGGCUACGCGGACCUGGUCGAGCGCGGGCUGCCGUGCUUCGUCGAGAUCAAGGGCGUCACGUACUGCGGCACGUCGAGCUCGGCCGGCGCCGGGCUCAGCAUGGCCAACGUGCCCUUCUACGCCGAGGUGCAGGAGUUUGUCGAGACGCUCAGCCGCCGCCUCAACGAGCGCGGCCUCGGGUACGGCAUCGCCGCUGAGCACGCCCACAGCUGCUGCGUGCUCAUCGCGAGCGAGCGCUUUAACAAGAACGGCAAGUGGCACACCAAGAUCGACUACCAGCGCUUCUUCGAGCUGCUGGAGGAGAGAGGCGCGGACGGCGACUGGACGCCCGAGGAGUACAUGGGCGAGGAGACGCCCGAGUGGGCCACCUGGGGCAACGGCGGCUUUGAUCCCAGGGACCAGCGGGUUGACAGAAAGGGGCGACCCAUCGAGGCUUGA